GAAUCUCACGCUACUCCACCGUUUCGUAGAAAACUCCCCAAAAACCAAGAGCCAUCACGUCAAGAAAAUGACCGCUGAGGUGCAAACGCAGAACUUCGCCGCUGCCGAUGAGGUGCCGACUUUGGAGACUGCUGAGAUGUCGCAGGUCCUGAAGCAGUCGAAGCGCUACGCCAAGUCGAUGGCCAAGCUCGGCCUGAAGCCAGAGCCCAACAUCGUGAAGGUCAACAUCCGCAAGAACGGCACCCUAUCGUUCGCGAUGUCGAAGCCUGAGGUUUACCGCUUCCCCGGUACAAACACCUUUGUGAUCUUUGGUGAGGCGCAGCUGGAGGAUAUGGGCGCCCUGGCUCAGGAGGCGGCUGCCCGCGCAGCGGUCUACGGCGCCGACGCGGAAGGCGAAGCCACCGCGAAGGUCGAGGAGGUUGCAGAGGACGCCAAGGAGGAGAACGACGAGGAGUGCGACGCCGGUGAUCUCCCGGAGAAGGAGAUCAACAUGGUCAUGUCGCAGGCCAAGGUUUCCCGAAGCAAGGCUAUCAAGGCUCUGAAGAACAACAACGGGGAUAUGGUGAACGCCAUUAUGGAGCUGACCAUGUAAUGUGGGAUGCCCGCCAGAUGGAUUUCUCGACAACUAUCUCGCCAGCCUCUGCAGCUAAAGCGUGUUAGGAUCCUUUUCUUUAUAGUUAUUUUCUCACUGUGGGAAGAUUUCAUGCUUCGUUAUUUCUAAUUUUUUUUAAAUCUAGUAAACAAA